AUGGCCACUCACCAACACAUCACCCUCAAGCUCUUAGUGAACAAAACCAAGAACUGCGUAGCUCUGGUUGAAUCCGACUUGGAUUUCGUGGAUGUUCUCCUCAGCUUCCUCACGCUGCCUGUUGGCACCGUCGUCCGUCUUCUCAACAAGCAGUCCUCCUUGGGUUGCUUCGACAAGCUUUACCAUGGCGUCGAGCAGCUUGAUAAGAAAUACCUGGUGACUGCGGCCUGCAAAUCGAUGCUGACGAACCCAGUGAGUUCAUCUGGAGUGAGGUGCCAGAAACUAAAGAUUAAUGUCGAUGAAAUGGGAAAUUUAUAUACUUGCAUAUGCAAGUCCUGCCCUCAUCGCACGUUCAGCUAUUAUCCAAGCGCCAAAUGCCUGUGUGGUGGCGACUUGCACAAGUCAAUCCGUUAUGAUCUCAAUCAAGAUUACGUUAACUAUGAAGAACUUCACGGGGUAUUCAUCAAGGGGGCUAAAUUUGCUGUCACAGAUGAUCUCUCCGUUUCUUUGAUCGAGCACGCCAUGUCGUCUCUUAACGAGUGCUGCAAUGGAGAUUGGGGCAACAUGGAAGAGAGACUGGUGAAGAUUGAACAAGCACAGGUAAGUUUUCUCUUUCUGCCGGUGCCUCAGCCGAUCAAAAUGAUCAAGAAAUUGAAUGUACAUAUGCAGGUUUUACAAAUUCUGAAAAGAUCCCUCGUUUCCGACACUCCGCUAAGUGAUGUCUUAUUGCGCAAUGGAGAAGGUAUCUCCCCCAAAUUUUCAGUUCCUCUUCCCGUAGAAAAAACAGUUGCAAUCAAGGCGUCUGACAAGGAGAAGAAGAUCUUCAGAAUAAAGCUGGCCCUUAUGGGGAACAAGGUGCUGUAUGCUGAAGCUGCCCAGGACUUUGUUGAUGUGAUUUUCAGUUUCCUCGCAUUCCCGUUGGGUGCUUUAAAGAAGCACUUGGGCAGUCGAUUCCGGAUUGCUUGCCUCAAUAACUUGUACGGCAGUGCCGAGCUUUUGGCUUCCUCAGGUUACGUGGUUUCAGGCUGCGAAGAGAGACUGCUUAAUCCCAAGCUCGCACCGUAUUUCAACUGCAAGCAUCAAGUCAUUGGAGUGGAGGAGCGAAAGCAGGAUGUCUACUAUGCGUGCCCCCUCCGCUGCAAACUAAGCGCAAGGCGGUACUACUGCCAUUCACAUCAUUUUAAUCGCCCGAAUGCCAAACCUGCAAAGCUUAUAGAUCCCAAAAGGCAUCCCAGAUGGUCAGAUUCUGCAGAUGGGAGCUACUGCAAGAAAUUGAUGUACCUGGUCAGCGACGAGCUCGUAGUCGUCCCGCUGUCCCUCACGGCAGUCAUCUCAGUUAGUAAGGAAAUCUCUGGAACUGUCAAGAUGGCAGAGUUGGGCAUAGCUGAAGAGGAGGUUCUUGAUUUGCUUAAUGCUGCUUUGUCGUCCAAGACUGCGCUAACGGAUGCCUUCUUAGCUAGAGUUGGUUCCGUGCCCAGUUCGGUUGAGAGGAAGGGUGAAUCGUCCAUCGGAUGGAAAAGAAAGAGAGGGCGGAUGAAUAGAGUGGAAGAAAGUUGA